AUAUUAUAGAAUCUUCUUCAUACUUCGACAUCCACUGCCACUGUCUCUCGUAAGCCUUUCCUUUCCGGAUCGUUAUAGUCAGUGUUUCGAUCUUUUCUCUCUCUGAUUUUAGCUACAUUUUCUUGAUAAUUCGUCAAGAUGCUAGGAAAAGCUAUCUCUGUUGAAAGCUCAUCAACCAGUACUCUAUCAAACACUAGGACAAGGCUGGGCCUGGGUGCAUGGCCGAGUUUGCACCCUCCUUUCGUAUGCCCACUCUGCUCCAAAACUUUUCCAACCUCACAGGCUCUAGGAGGCCACCAGAAUGCGCACCGGAAAGAACGCAAUAAGGGACAGAGAUUUUAUGUCGAGAAAAGCCGAGCAACAAUGAAAGAGAUCAUUCUGACACCCGCACCUCUAACAGCGGUACCGCCCAAUGAUGAUCGGAACUUUGAGCAUUUGGUCCUGUCUACGACUAAACAAUAUGGGGCGAACCAUGGUCAUGUAAAUUAUUAUCAUUCGGAAUCAAGGGUAGGGUAUGGAUCAAUUACUAAGAAUGCACAAGGGAUAAAGCUUGCAGGGCUGGAAUAUGGUCCUUCUGCGUCUGAACACGUGGGUGGAUGCAAGAUUAACCUAGGCAGGGCUGCUUAUAGGAAAGAUAAGCAUCAUCCUUAUGUCAAGCCUAAAGCAAUUUCCUUUCUUGAGCUGACUCUGGGGAGAACGGCUGUUGAAGUGUCAACUAUGGCAACUGGUGCAGAUGAAAAUGAUAAGGGAUUUUAUGGAGGCGAGCAUGGCGCCGAGGUCACGAAUUACAAGGCAAAGCUAGAUUUAACUCUAAGGCUCUAACAGCAAUAGUAGUUCUCAACUCUCCUAUAAAUACAUAAAAUAUAUGAGCAUUAGAUAUAAGUGCGAAUAUGUAAGCUAGCUAGAAUUAGUGUGCGUGCGCGCGUGGGACAAAACAAAAAUUUCUAAAAGCUUUUUCUUCACCCUGCCCUUUCCUGUUUUAUCAUUCCUAUGCUGCUGAAACAUGCUACGAGGCAUUUCCAAAUCAUAUAUAUGAGUAUGUAAAGGUAAGACAACAUGAGAUAUGUAACCUAAUGCUCAAUUGGUUUUGUUAGUUGCUC